AUACUUUUAAGAAGGAGUUGUGCGCUUAAGUAUGUGGGGCUUUGAUGGUAUAUUAGAUUAACUGUCUAGGUGCCUGGGUGAGUCCGUGUUUGCAGCUGAAAGCGGCAGCCUCCCCGCUGCUUGUCCGGGUGUAAUCUACCGUUAUCCUGCCAUGGAGGUCAGUCAGGUCGCGGCGUGCGACAGAGACAGUCUCUCCGAGGAAUUUAAAGUGAAUCCCACAUGCCGUUUGUUUGGUGUGGCACAACUGACGAUCAAAGACAUGGGAGGCUAUGAAGAGCAGCUCCAGAGUGACGCCCAGUUUCUGUGCUCUAACCAGAGGAUGGACACUGAACUGGUUGACAGUCUGGUGCUGCAACUCAACAGGAUCUACCCCCAGAUACUCAGUGACAAGGAAGCCUGCAAGUUCAGAAGCCUGAGAGUCCCCACUACAGAGCGGCUACGUGAGCUGCUGCAGCACCUGCGUGAGAAAGGAGACGAUGCAUGCUACGAGUUCUACAGAGCACUCCACAUCCAAGCAGAGGACGUUUACUUCAGUCUGCCCACUAGAAUUAGAGAAAGAGAGAUGACUGAGUCAAGAAGUGCAAUCAAUGUGGCUGUCAUCCCAGAGAGAUGUGUGCUUAACGACAGAGGACCAAUUUUCUUUCUGAGUUGUUUCAGCGUUGCGGUUGGCAUUGCAUUUCUCUAUUAUUACGGAGAGGGUCAGAGACUCAGAUGCACGGAAGCAUUCCUUCACUGCUCUGCGGUGAGACUUGGUAAAGAUGCCAAGGACGUGUUCAUUUCCUAUGUGGAGGUCGGGAAAUAACAAGACUGAAAUAUUUCAGAAGAACAAGCUGUGCUACUUUACUCUACUGUGCCAAAUCAGUUUUACAUCUCCUUCUGUAGAGAACUCUUGAGUCGUUUCUGCAUGUAUUCGUAUUUUUUUUUAAAUGUCUCGGUCUUGUCACAUGCAUCUUUGUUCUGCUCAUUGCCUAUGCCCAGUGAUAUGGUGCUGCUAUUGUCCUAGUAUGGAAAACUUUUUCAGGGAGAAACUUAGUAAUUUACUUGAGACGCACCAAAAAGCCAAUAUUACCUUUGACUUGAUCAGAUAUCAGCGGGUUAAGUACCUGAGAAAAAGAAGCCUGUUUAUUAAAACCAUCAAGUCUAAGAACUUACACAAUUUCCUGGAUCGCAUCAACCAACAGCAUGUACCUUGAUCAUUUUUGUUUUUUUAUUUUACAGUUGGGGACAUGUCAUUCAAAACUGCUACUAGCCUGCAGCACAUCUAUAGUUUCUUUGUUAUUGUCUCAGGAUCAGAUGAGAUUCAGCAUGUCAGACCUCAAAGAAAAUCAGAAAGAUAUUGGCCAGGAAAUGCAUGAUCGCUGCAUCUCUAGGUUAAACAUAGCAUAACCAUGUCAACAUGCAACUGCACAUCUUCAAAACUGUUUUCAGUUCUUCUCAUUCAAUAGUGCCAUACUCCAGUACUCUUGAAGGGCUCUGCAACUUCAAGAUUUUUCCUUUCAGAUGUUAUUUUCCAGUCUUAAAAGUAGAAGACACCCAUCAACCUCAUUGGGCAGGAGUUUGACACCCAUGCUGUAAUUUGUUUCAUUUAGACUCAGACUACCAGAUUGUUUGGUUGAUAGUCAGUGUGAACAUGCUUUGCUUGAGUUGCACUAGUUUUUGCAGCACAGUUCUGUUAACAUUUCCCACAACACGUUUCCUUGAAUGCAGGGUUAGGGUUAGGCUUAGGGUUAGUUGAAACAACACAUUUUCUUGAAUGCACAAUAUCUUGCCUGUUAAUAGUAGUGCCUUCUAAUGAUGUUGGAGCAUACUUAAAAUUAGGAAAUAAAGUAAAAAGAAGCAAAA